AUGAAUGGCAACGAUGUUUCUACUGGAGAGCCAGCAACUUCAAAAUGUUUAAAUAAAAGGAAUGCUAAUGAUCAUCAAUGGCAAUACUUCCCUAAUACUGGUUUAAGUUUUGAAAGUUGUAAACCUUGGCACAUUGGAAAUGGUAUUAUUCUAAAUGAUCAUUUGACGAAUGGUCUUGAAUACUAUGAUGAUAUUAUUUUCCAAAGUUUAUGCUAUGAUGGGAGUCCCAUAUACAAUUCGAUGAGGUUGAGUGCAUUUCAAGCUCCAUACUUGCCAAAAGUUCAGCAUGAUUGGAAGAAGUAUACUACCUCAGAUAUAGGUGGUUUUGAAAAUGGUAAAUUCUCUUCUGCUAUUUAUCCAUUGAUUUAUUCUUUGACAUCUAAUGUCAUGAUUACAGUUUUCUUCACAAUUUCUGUGUUUGUUAGUUUAACAGGCUCAAAGGCAAGAAAGGGUACAAUGCUAUUAAAAAUUGCAUGUGUAUUAGCUACCAUUAAUAUGACAAUAUUUUUAGCUAGAUCUAUUUCAUCUUUGAAACUACAGCAUGAAAAGCAUAGUACAGCAGGCACGUCAGAUAUUCUCCACCUAUUACAGACAGACAAAACUUAUGUUUCUUUGGAAUUCAUCUCCACCUUUUUUUUAAAUGUUUGCCAAGUAUUUAAUAUUGAAAAUAUUUUCAUUAGAAGACAGGAACGAAAAAUUAUCUUUUAUUGUGGACUUCUAUUUGUCAUGUGUUCAAAUAUUCUUUGGGCUAUAUGUUGUUUUAUUAGCGUAAGCACAACAAGAUACGAUAAAUUGUUAGUCAUAUUAACCCCAUUUGUAUACUUGUUUCGAAUAGCAUUAUCCAGUACAUAUGCUUGCUUCAUUAUAUCGUAUGGUAUGAGUGAAAGAUGUUUAAUAUUUGCCUCAUUUGAUAUGGCUUUUUUAACUUUUGUUGCGUUUUGCUUAAUAUUAUUACAGCCUACCUUAUUUAUUGUUGAUGUUUCAGACGUUUUUUCAAAUGGUAUUGGUGAUAUGUUCAAUACAACGUGUUAUAUAGGUUCAACAAUUAUUGUUUGGGAGUGGAUGGAUAGAAUGUCAUUAUUCAAGUGGAAAAAACAGGCUCAAAGCAUAUUAGGAAGGCCUAUUUAUGAAGAUGAACAGGUACAUUAUAAUUUUGCCAGAUACGCUUUAAAAGUUCAAGAUGCCCUACUACGAAAUUCUAACAAAGAUGAAAUCCAAAGUUUGGAAAACCAAGAUGAUGACAAUAUUGAUGCUAAUCAUAUUCGUUCUUCUGUAUCUGAACUUGAAGAAGGAAGAUCGUGUGAUCAACCUAGUCUGGAUGAAGAACUUGGAUAUUGUAAUAAUAAAGAAAAGAGUUCACAGUCAAAGAAAAGAAAAAGAAAGAAAAAUGCGAAAGAAAAACUUCAAAACUUUCUUUCAAGACAAAAUUCAAAAAAUCUUGAUGUUCCAACCACUUCAAAAAAUCACAAUUCUCAAAUGUCUCUAUUAGUGAGAAAAAUAUCAAGCCGACAUAAAGUAAAAUAUAAUAGUGAUAUUAUUGAAAUGAUAUCGUUACCAUCUUCUAGUUUAUCAGCAACUUCAACAAAUAGUACUAUGACUAUAUCUAAUGGUACAACAUCCACAAGCAAUAAUAUUCGUUACCGAAAUAAUUAUUUUGAUCAGCAAAGUAUUAAUCAAAUUCAAUUCGAAAAUAGAGAGCCUCUUGUAGAUGUAAUCUCGUCAGGCCUGUCUAAUUGGUUUUAUAAAACGAGACAGUCGACAAAGGAAUUUUUACAGAGAAAUUCUAAAACUAUACUUUCCAAAUUUUCCACAAAUGUUGAAGUAGCAGAGAAGAGAAAUUUAGUUAAAAAAAGAAUUGGCUUAGAAAAAUCAGAUGCAGUCUAUGUAUAUAGGACCAAAAAUAUUGAUUUUUAUGAUAGAAUUAGCCAAGACUGUGAGCAAUACGAACUUGGGACUGAAAGUAUUGAUAAGCAUGUAACACAAAGUAGCAUGGGAGCGGUGUCCUCACCAACAACUGAUAUCGAAGAAAAUUAA